GAUGGGAUCAAGCCGGGUGUGAAUAUCUGUAUUCUAGCAGUGGGCAGAGAAAAGAAGGCCAGUUGGAAAUUUCAGUGUGAAGCUGGUUCAGUAUGAAGAGGAGAAUUUCAAGUGUGAAUGUGUGUAUGUGUUCGUGCAUGUGCUGGGGAAAGUUGGCUUGGCAAGGGAGACAGAGGAGAGCUUUGUGUUCAGUGCUUCCUCUGACACAGCUCAGCCUGUUCCCUAUCUCCCAGUUUCACUUCUGAAUGUGCAGGAACAUGCGGUGGCUCCUUGUUCCCACCAUCUUCAUCAUCCCUUAUACUCAACAGUUUUUCCACAGCCCACCAGAGCAGCCUGGAGAUAAACCUUCAGAAACUGGUGAAGUCCAGCGCAAGGAGGUUUGCCGCUGGCCGUGCCGCUGCCCGCCGGUGCCAGCCUGCACCCCCGGGAUCAGCCUGGUGAAGGAUGGCUGUGGCUGCUGUAAGGUCUGUGCCAAGCAGGCAGGAGAGCCCUGCAAUGAAGCAGAUGUCUGUGAUCCCCACAAAGGGCUCUACUGCGACUACUCGGAAGACGAGCCUAGGUAUGAAACAGGCGUGUGUGCAUAUCUGGUAGCUGUAGGAUGUGAGCUCAAUGGAGUUUAUUACACCAACGGGCAGACCUUUCAGCCCAACCAGCUUUAUAAGUGCCUGUGUGUCAGUGGUACAAUCGGAUGUACCCCUGCAUUCACACCAAGGUUAGCAGGAAGCCCCUGCGCCAGAGUCCCAGGCAGAAAGAAACCAGGACAAUCCAUCUGUGGCCUGGGACAGCACAAGCAACUUCAGUCAACCAACUACAGACUGAUGUCAGCUUACAGAAGCUUACCAGUAGUUUUGAAGAAAAAGUGCCUCAUACAGGCAACUCCCUGGACACCCUGUUCCAGGACCUGUGGCAUAGGCAUAUCCAGCAGAGUGACCAAUGACAACAGAAAAUGUGAAAUGAAAAAAGAAAAGAGAUUAUGCUUCAUCCAGCCUUGUCUGACCAAUAUGUUGAAGAAAAUAAAGAUUCCAAAGGGAAAAACAUGUCAACCAACUUUCCAGCUUCCAACAGCAGAGAAGCUAGUUUUUUCUGGAUGCUCAACUACUCAAAGAUAUAAACUAACUUUCUGUGGAGUGUGCUUGGACAAGAGGUGCUGCAUUCCUAACAAGUCCAAAAUGAUCACUGUACAGUUUGAGUGUCCCAACGAAGGCUUCUUCAGGUGGAAGAUGAUGUGGAUAACAUCGUGUGUCUGUCAGAGGAUUUGCAGUGCUCCAGGAGAUAUAUUUUCCCAACUCAAACUCCUAUGACAAAUUACACCAUUGACUAUAACACAUGGAGUGCAACAGCACAUUCAAACCCUGAAGAGUCAGCAUAACUCCCUGCCACAGCAGUGUUUAUAAUGAAACUACAGAAGUGAAUAUUCACUCAUUUAUUAAAUAGCACCUGUAAAACACCAGAGGGCAUCUUUUUAAAUGUAACUGUUUUCACAUGGGGAGAUAAAUUCCUGAGAAGGAUGUAUCUAACACCAGAAGCACUCAAACAAUAACUCUUGGUGACUGCGAAAGGUACAGCAAGAGACCUUCAUACCCCACUAAAACAAGCUUUUGCCUACAAAUAGGUGCUCCAACCUCUUGGGAAAAAAAUUGCCCUGUAAUACUUCAUCUAUCAUUCUUCAUUCUUAAAUUAACAUUUUCUGCUAUACAUCUAAAAUAGUAGAACACAUCAAUGCUGAAACAUUGAAACAGAAGUUGUCAACUUCAAACUCAGACUGCUUUUUGCAACAGAUAGUCUUUCUCUAGUGUUACGGAUAUAAACACUGGAUGUGCAAAGGAACAAAUAAGGGGGCAACUGCAGAUAAUAGAUGCAAGACUUAAGAAAAUUUAUAUUUUUAGAACAUUUUCUUAAAAAUGCUCUCAACAAAUGUUAUCACAAUACUUUAUUGAAUACUUCUGGGCUUAUACAUUCAAAAUUGUGCUCAUUUACAUAUCCACUCCAACUGUAUGAAAAAGACUUCAAAUGUCAAGAAAUCAAUCCAUUCUGAUCUGUAACAGUUCACUGGCAAGCAACUGGAAAUAGCUGUACAUUCUAGUCUGUAAAAAUUCUCACUGUAAUAUAAAAAGCUGCUUGAUACCCUGAUAAUUAUAGAUAUUAAAACUAUCUAUUUUACUUGCAUUCUUUCAAGGCUAUAAGUGUUUUUCUCUAAAUGGUCAUUAUAGCUUCAUCAUAAGUGCAUGUUUUGCACAGAGGUAUUCUGUAUUAUCUCAUUAUCAAGUGCAACUCAGCAUUCAUGAAUAUGAAUCAUUAAAAUAUUUAUUAAUAUUCCAAGCAUAA